GUGUAAAAGUACUGUGCAGAGGAUUGCUUCCUGACAAUGGUAUGAUGUACAUUCCCCAUAUUGCUCAUCCAUACUUACGGUCAAAGGAAGCGUUUUCACACAAGGCAUCCUGAAACUGUUGGCACCAUGGAAACUGAGUACUCCAGGCGAGUCUACCAGGGAGUAAGGGUGAAGCACACAGUCAAAGACCUGUUGGCUGAAAAACGUUCACGACAGACGACUGGACCACGCUACAAUGGAGUGGCCUCUCAACAGACAUUUGUUCCAAUGCAAGGCCCCCAUAUGCUUCCUAGUUACUACAGCAUGCGGAGAUCUUUCAUCUCGGACACCGAGUUCUGCCCGUCGGGCAAACAGUUCUCCACAGACAUCUACUCCUCGUCGCUAGGGGGCAAACCUCUCUCCUGUGAUGCCACACCUAUGUCUGGCUACCCCUUCAUUGACGGGUACUACCCGGAGUCAUUUGGAGACUAUCGCAAUACUGCCCUGAACACUGGGGGGAGCUCUGUGUUCACCCAAUCUGCACUGUCCUCACUGCUGCCCCCCUUUGGUACAGAACCCUCACAACUACUGAUGAGGGACUCCUGGGAGCAGGCCGGGCCUGAGGCUGUGACACAGGUGGACGGUUUGUCCGGUGAGGGUUUGCCACCAGAGACCAUUCCCAGCUCAUUAACCAGCACCGAGUCCGGGAGCUCCUCGCAGUGUCCAUCUCCACCGCACGGCGCCAGCAUGCCACCCCCCCAGCCGUACCCGCUGUACCCACCUCUGGACGAGGCCCACUACCCAGGCCUUUACCAGCCGUCGCCCACCUUCCCCUGUGCACCCUACAUGACUGCAUCCAGUGACCUUGGCACCAAAAUGCCCUCCCUGCCAACGGAGGAGUCUGAGAAUGCGCCGGCGGCACUCAGCGACAGCUCCCCGUGGGUGAAGAGUGAUGUAAAUAGCUCCUGGUCCCCCUAUGAGCUCCGCAGGACCUUCUGAGGGACAUGGAGGCUACCUGGACAAGCAAGACUACCAACCAUCUGGCAGCAGUUGAUCACAUUUUUUUAAUGCAUCAGUCAUAACAGGCCAUUACAUGGCAUCACAUUUCAUAUAUUAUUGGAUCAUUUCUAUUGUAAGUGGAGAGGUACUUUUCAAAUUACCUUUACCUAGUCUUCACUAGUUACAAAAUGAAUAGGAUAUUUUUUUUUUUUUAAAUGAGCUGUAUAUAACAUAGAAUGAACAACUGAUUCAUUUCAGCACAAUGUAAAUGCUUGCUCUGCCUAGGACAUUCACUGACUAUCUUUAAAAUAAGAGACAUUUUUUCUGGCAAGUCCAGCUUGAUAAUCAGUGAUUGAUAAUAAUAAUAGUUAUAGUAAUAAUAAUAAUAAUAAUAAUAAUAAUAAUGUGGUGAUGACGAUGAUGAUGACAUAUGGUACUUUUUUAUAAUCUAUUUUUUAUGGUAUUUAACUGUGUGAUGUCUAAUUUGUUUGCACUAACUAACAGCAUUUAAUAAACAUUUCAAGUGA